AAAAUCUUUAAAAAAAAAUAUUUACUGAGCUCCUGACCCAGGGGAAGAAGACAGACAAAUCUACACUUUUCAUGAGACUUAUUCCACUAGGGGUAAGGAACAGAAAGAAGUAAAUGUAAUAAUAGCACCUAUAUUGUGAGUGCCUAUGUGCGUCCAAACUAAGGCACAUCAAGGGUAAUUCACUUGCCAAAGGUCACAACUAAGGAUUCCAAUUCAGGCACUGGUCAGAGAUCAUGCUGUUAACCACUAACCCAUACUGCCUCCUUGGUUAUUACAGAUGUGAGAUUAGGGCUCUGUGCCAUUUGUCAGCCAAGGUAAAAUGUUUUGUGCUAUAAAUUUGUAAAUCAUGGCAGGCAGGGGAAGGACAAUCUCAUACAAAAUAAAGUUCACAAGAAUUGCAGUCGAGUUUUAUGAAAAGGAGGACUAUGGAUUUCUCACAUAUCCAAGAAGGGAUUUUGAGAGGGAAAAUAAUGCUCCCGCGGAAGACUCACCCACGCAGGCCUCACCCUUGCAUUAGCGUGCAAAGGGCUGCUGUCACUGUGACCAGAGAAAGAUAGUGGUGUCCUUGGCUCUGCACCUAGUGUUCCCACACUGCCUCCAAGAUGUCAGCUAAAGCCAUAGAGAGCGGGGGAGGAGAUGCCACUGACCCCAUCCGGCUGGAAUCCCCCUCUGAUGAGGAGGAUGAACCUUCCCAGUCAUCCGACCAGGCCUCUGAUGGUUCUCCUGGCAAGCCACCACAGGGGCCACCCCAGGGGCCAGAUGGAUCUGGCUCUGACCCCAGAGACCCACCCAAGGAUGGAGGCAGCAAUUUCUCCCAUAAAGCAGCCAAGGCUGCUGCAGCUGUGGUGGGAGGAGCCCUGGCCGUGGGGGCUGUGCCCGUGGUGCUGGGCGCCAUGGGCUUCACCGGGGCAGGAAUCGCCGCCUCCUCCUUAGCGGCCAAGAUGAUGUCAGCGGCCGCCAUCGCCAAUGGGGGCGGAGUUGCCGCCGGCAGCCUCGUGGCCACUCUCCAGUCCGUGGGGGCAGCCGGACUUUCCACAUCAUCCAACAUCAUCCUGGGCUCGGCUGGGUCAGCUUUGGGGGCCUGGUUGUGGGAUAGAAAAAAGAAAGCCCCUUCCUCUCCUCCACCGGAAUCCAGUACUGAAGCAGAGAGGGGCUCCUGUGCUGGAGAUGACCCUCCAGGGCCUCAGGAUGUCAGUCCCCCAAAUGACAAGUCCUCUGCCUCCCAAAAUUCUUCAAAGAAGCAUGGGAAAUAAAGACGAGACGCUGAGACCUUCACGAGUGUCCGCACUGCCUUCUUGUUUACCAGGCAGGGUGCAGCGCAUCUGCAGAGCCGUGGCUUCGGGUUGGGGGGCAGCAGGAACUCUUUAAGAAUGGGCACUGAUACCUGCGACAGGAAGCCAGGUCUGUUGCAGUCCUGCCACCCAGCUGUGACCCUGGGAAGGUCAUGUCUCCCCUUUGAGCCUCAGUUUGCUGCUCCUUGGAUGGGAUCGUGGAUCACAUGUCUUCAAAGAUGUCAGCCAGAGGCAGCAUUAUAGGAUAGCUUGGCCCUGGGGUCAGUUUGAGCCAUUGACCCUCAGUUAUGAAACACUUUAUCCUCAGGGAUUAUUGACCCCUCCCCUCUCCACCCAAGACUCUGGGUCUGACUGUACCAUGAGUCUAGGAACUCAGCAACACUGUCUGCCUGGCCUGGUGGCCUUUGGAGCUCUUCAGGUAGGUAGAGAAUUUGCAUUUCUCCAGAGAGCUCUGUCCCGGUUGAUGUAGAGCUCAGGGUCUUUAGGCUCCAAGGGAGACUGGCCGGAACCUGCAAGGACAGACAGGCCUCCCACCCCUGGUAGGGCUCCCAAGAGGCUUGUCAAUGCAGAACACUCAUCUAUCUCCUAAGGCCCACUGGCUGCCUGGUCCUGGAUCAGGUGGCAGGCAUUCUACGUGUGUUGACCUGGCCUCUGCCACCUGCCUGCCUGCCCAUGCAGAUAACCCACACCCAGCUUCUGGCAGCCCUGCUUCCACUUGAGACUUGACUCUCAGAUCUCAUCCUAUUGGCUCCAGGACCCCGGCCCAGGUCCCCACUCUGGCCUUCACCCCUGUCUUCCUUUACUGCCCCUCCUCCACCAGGCUCUCUCCCUCGGAUGCUGCCUCAGCUCACUCAUACAGCUCCCAGCUAGCCUCAAGGGCUCCAUCCCAGGCUCUGUGGCUUCAGUGGAUCCAAGGGGUCCCUAUCUGCUUAGGGUGUGUAACAGAGAAGAACAAACCUGACUCCACAAUGGAUCUAUUCCUUGAGCUCUAACCUUUGUGCUCUAUUGCCUGUGCUUAGUCAUGCUGGUUCUGCACCUGUUGUAACAGAAUAUUCCUGUUGCCUGAAAUCUACAGGACAGCCCAUUCUCAAGGCUCUGACCCUUAAAGGUAUAAUACUUCUCCAUUAAAGCUGGAGAACAGAGAAUAACAUUUGUCUUCUUGGAGGUUUAUAGGAACAUUGUGACCAGACCUAUGGGGGACAGCUGCAAGAACAAAGGCACCAAGAAGAUUGCAACAACCUGCCACACCCCCUCCCCUUUUAGCAUAAAAGAAACCUGAAUUCUAAACUCAGGGAAGAUGGUUCUCUGGGACAGGAGUCCCCCAUCUUCUCGGUCUGCUGGCUUUCCGAAUAAAGUCUCCAUUCAUCGCCCCAA